AUUUCACACUGAUUUGUAUAAUUUUCCUGUAAUUUAACGAACAAAUGCAAAAAGCCGAACCUCUUAUUCCAUUUGAAACGAAGCGAGAGAAGUGAAGAAUGCUACUUCUCGUCAUUUUCUUUCUCUCAUUCUUUCUGUUCUUCAGAUUCGCCACUGCUUAUGGCGACUUCACUUUAAUGUUCAAGAACCAUGUCAAGCGAGAGGAAAUUGAAGAUAAGGUCAUUUGGAUUACUGGUGCUAGCCGAGGAAUUGGGGAGGUUCUUGCAAAACAACUUGCUGCUUUGGGAGCUAAGCUUAUUAUUUCUGCACGGGAUGAAGCUGGGUUAGAGAGAGUGAAGAGCGAGCUCUCUGGUAAAUUUGCACCUAAUGAAGUGAAAGUUUUACCCUUAGAUUUGGCAUCUGGGGAAAAUAAGUUGAAAGAAGCGGUAGAGUUAGCAGAGUCAUUUUUUCCCGGCUCUGGUGUGGAUUAUAUGAUCCAUAAUGCAGCUUUUGAGCGUCCCAAAACUACAGCUUUGGAUGUAUCUGAGGAAAGUCUGAAGACAACAUUUGAUGUCAAUGUUAUUGGGACCAUUUCUCUCACACGGCUUCUAGCACCUUUUAUGUUACAACGGGGACGAGGUCAUUUUGUUGUUAUGAGCAGUGCUGCAGGAAAGACACCUGCUCCAGGACAGGCUGUAUAUUCUGCAUCAAAGCAUGCUCUGAAUGGUUAUUUUCAUUCUUUACGAUCGGAGCUCUACCAGAAAGGAAUUAGAGUGACCGUUGUUUGUCCUGGGCCAAUUGAAACGUCAACUAGCUCAGGUGCAGAAGUCGUGGGGAAGAAAGGUGUAUCUGAGAAGCGACUUUCAUCAGAAAAAUGUGCUCAGUUAACAAUUAUUGCUGCCACCCAUAAUCUAAAAGAAGUUUGGAUAUCAUAUCAGCCCGUCCUUGCUGUUAUGUAUUUGGUUCAAUACAUGCCAACGAUCGGCUACUGGCUCAUGGAUAAGAUUGGUAGGAAUCGUGUUGAAGCGGCUGCUAAGAAGGGGAACACGUACUCCCUGAGUUUGUUAUUUGGGAAAAACAAGUCAUCUUAAAGUAUGACUUCACCGUAGUUCUAACAUUUUCAAGAAUAACUUUUCUUAAAGCUCAACAAAGGUUCAAAUUCUGGUAGUAAUAUACAUAUAUAGACAGAUACUCAUCUCCUACGCAAUGCAUGGCUGAAAAGCAUGCAAAAGUGAUGCACAACAAGUACGUUUUCUUUUGUUUUAUUUUAUAUGUUAAAAGUAAUUUAACGUAUGCGACUUGGGACGGACUUCCAUUGAGAAAACACUCAUCUUUUGUCUUUUGGGUGGACUUCGGGGUGGAAAUUGCAACAGAUGGUCUAAAUCUCUAUUACUGUUUUGAAAUAUGUCUAAAUUUUUAAAGGUUAAAUCAUUAAAAAAAAAAAGAUAUCAAUUUUGCCUUUUGUAUUAAA